CUUCUCUUUAGGUUAGCUUUCUGUGGAUCUAAUUACAUCAACCACUUUUACUGUGAUAUUCUUCCUUUAUACAGACUCUCCUGUGUGGACCCUUACGUCAAUGAACUGGUACUAUUUAUCUUUUCAGGCUCAAUUCAAGUGUUCACCAUAGGCAGUGUCUUAAUAUCUUACCUGUACAUUCUCUUUACUAUUUUCAAAAUGAAAUCCAAAGAAGGAAGGACCAAAGCCUUUUCUACCUGUGCAUCUCACUUUUUGUCUGUUUCAUUAUUCUAUGGAUCUCUUUUUUUCAUGUACAUUAGACCGAAUUUGCUAGAAGAAGAGGAUAGAGAUAUACCAGCUGCUAUUCUGUUUACAAUAGUAGUUCCCUUACUAAAUCCUUUUAUUUAUAGCCUGAGGAACAAGGAAGUAAUAACUGUCAUGAGAAAAAUUCUGAAGAAAAAAAAUCUCAUGAAUAUUGGAAACAAAUAA